AUGUCUCGCACCCAAAUCGCCACACUCGAAAAAUUAUGUGGAAGGCAGGAGACUUUCACUAAAUCCGAGGCUCUCUUUCACUCAGCCGUCGCCAAGACCGGUCCAGGAUCGGGAUACUCCCUCGGUGACGCGUCCGUGGGUCUGCCUGCUAUAUGUGCAUACAUCGCGUCGCUAGAGUUAGGCAACGGCGACGUGUCCGAAAAGGUAGCACAAACCGCAUCUUGCGUAACCGUCAAGCAAUUCAAAACCGCUGUCCAAACCGUCCGUGCUGCACUUGCUGCUGCCGCCGCACCGAGUCAAGAAUUGGAGACCGCGCUCUCCUACGAUUCCCUCAUGCGGAAGUACCACGUUGGCAGGAAACGCUUCGUGCACGACUGUCUUUGCGAUGUCGAGAAAGCUCUUGUCGCGAGUCGAGAGCUGCCCCCCGACCUACACCCUCCAUGUGAUGCUGUUACUGUUGCUGUGUUCUACUGGACGUGUGCUGUAGUCUUGAAAAUGAAAAGGAAGAACAUCCAGCCGGAGGUAGUCUUGCGAGAGCGCGGGCUCGUGCGGGAUGACUACGACGAGAUCAUUGACAUCCUCCAGACCUCAUGCCAAGACGUUGCGCUCAAGGUCGACGCUAAAGUGGCCGAGCUGCGAAAAGAGGUUCCAACGCCCACUGCCGGCCCAUCCGCGUCCACAUCUUCUGCCACCGCCACACCCAACGUCUCGCCCACCAAGUCACCGACCAAGUCCGCACUGAAGACCAGACCCCUCGACGCGUCACCGACGAAGACCCCCACGCACAAGCGCAAGGUGGCGUUCCACGACCUCGCCACGGACGAGGACCAGAGCGUGCUCGAAACACCCACGAAGAAGCGCCGCACCUCCCCAGCGAAACCGGUUCUUCCUCAACUCUCUGUCUUGCCAGUGCCUGUGUCCACACGCCCGAGCCGUUCCCCGACGAAGCGCGGCCCGUUUCCCGACAGCGCGACGUCCUCGUCACGAGCCAUGCUCAACCCCCUGCAAACCUCAGAAGAAGACCUCGAUCGCUCGCAGCAGCCCGCGUUCCCUCUCGUCGCAUCUGCUGACUUCUCCGGCCAGGGCCCUUCCACUCCCCGCCGCCGGGCGCCCCAGACGCCAACCAGCGCCCGCCGUGCCAGCUCAAACGGUUUAGAGACCCCAACCAGCGUCAGCCGCAUGGGGAGACAAGCUCCACGCCUAGAGAUCUUAGACGAGCCUCCCCGACCGCGAUUCCGACCGGUGUAUCUUGAUCAUAGACAGUGGGUCUCGCGAGAUCCGCGAAUCGAGCGGGAGUGGAGGCUGGUGGAGGAGUUCAGACGCAGCCUAGUUGUGAGUAAUCGUGCGGAAGUUGGUGCGUGA